UUUCUAUUUCACCAUCUCGGUGUUUAUUGUAUUUUCGAUCCUAUGAUAGUGUCUCCUCUGUUGUCAUUCCUAAAACCCUGAAAUUCUCACUAAAUCUGACCAAUUCAUGAGGUGGAGCAAAUAUUUGCCGCGGAGAUGGACUGACCGGACACAAUUAUGAGUAUGAUGGUUGGCUGAAAAUAAAGAAUGUCUGAAGCCGUCAAUGCCAGCCACCUGCACCAGCUGAGUGUGACAGCUGUUAGUGGGGACUUGUCAGGUAUUAGCAGCAUCUUCAAUAAGCCAUCAGCCUAUGUGGAGCUGUUAGUGGAUGGUGUGCACCAGAAGAAAACACAGCAUGUCAAGCACAAUGCUCACCCCAAGUGGCAGGAAACUUUUACAGUACUGGUGACCAAGGAUUCUGUGUUGGUGUUCCGGGUGAGCGACCAUCACACACUGGUGCGAGAUUCUGUCAUAGGGGAGGCCACCCUCAACUUGGCUGAUGUGGUGGCUCGUAGUGAUGGCAUGUCAUCCUCAAACCACACGCUCAGUCUCACUUCCCCAAACAGUCUCCCCUCAGUUGUUUCUAAAACUCCCACGAUCACUGUUACCCUGGAUGGACUCAAAAACUUGACCACCAAUGGUGCUCGACAAAGGGAAACCAACUAUAGUCUUCCUACAGAUGAGCGUGUGGUGGAAGAAGGCUGGGUACUGCUGGCAGACAUGUCCAGUGACCGGCGACGGGACCCUAAACCCACAUAUGCUGGGAUUUACUCUGGCCUAAACCCAUCUCUGGGCCCAGCACCUUGUGCAGCACCAGCCUCCAUUAUGCCACCUAAGAAGGAGAAAAAUGUUAGUGAUAGUAGCAGUAAGAAGCCUAAGUAUAUUACUAUUGAAGUAAAGAAGGAAAUUAUUGCCAAACGUGAGAAUGGCAUUUGUGUUUCUGACAACGCCAAGCUUCCUCCUCUUCCUCUCCUCCCUCACCAUUCACCUGUGUCAGCAACUAUAAACAAAGUAGUGAAUGUUAGUGCUGCUAAUACUAAUGGGUCCACUGGGGGCAAUACCGUCACAGUUCGUGUAGGGGGCAAGACACCGCCUCCUGUCCCUCCUCCACCGCGCCCGCCCUUACCAGAAACAAGUGUUGCUGGGAAUAGUCCCUUGCCUGCCAUACCCUUGCCAGGUAGUAGCUCUGGAACAAGUUCAGUGACGCACACACCAGGUACGCAAAGUCCACUGCCCCAGCUCCCAGCCAUUAACAGUGACACCCCUGCUGCUGCUUCUCACCCAAGUGUGUGCACCAGGAAGAAUAUAGGCAAUGGUUCAGCCAUAUUGGUUCUCGGGGGAGAUAGUCCUACAGAUGGAAGUGGCAGCCAGAAUGGGACCCCAACUACUAAUUUGAAUGGUACAAAUGGUGUUGGUCAGUCCACCUCAUCCACUCCCACUGCUACCCCUGCAGCUGGCCUUCCUGCAGGCCAGGCAGGGGCACAUUCAGCAUUAGCCAACAACACUACAGUAGUUAAUGGCCAACUUCCCACCAGUGCUGUUUCCUCAGCUUCUUCCUCUCCAGUGGCCAAAUCCACAGCACCAGCUGUUGUCCCCAGAACCACUCGCCACCGAACCCACAAGCCGAAGCGGAACUCAGCUGACAGCAGCAACAGUGGAGUUGUGGCUAGCAAUGCUAGUGCUGGCAGCACCAGCACCAGCUCAGGUGUUGGUGGGGCAGCAAUAGCCCCCACUGGAGGUAGCAAUGGUACUAGUCAGUCAAACUCAUCCACAGCUGAGGAGCCAUUACCUCCUGGGUGGGAGAUGAGAUACGAUCGUUUUGGGCGGAGGUAUUAUGUUGACCACACCACUCGAUCCACCACUUGGGAGCGUCCUAAACCCUUGCCUGCUGGGUGGGAGGCACGGCGGGACCCACGGGGGAGGGUGUAUUAUGUGGAUCACAACACCCGCACCACCACUUGGCAGCGACCCACUGUGGAAAACAUCAGACAAUUUGAGGAGUGGCAAGGAGAGAGGCAGCACAUUGCCCAACUCAGCUCCCAACGGUUCCUGUACCCCACUCAGAACCAGGAGACUGAGAAUGAUCCGUUGGGACCUCUUCCUCAUGGUUGGGAGAAGCGCCAUGAACCUUGUGGUCGUGUGUACUUUGUAAACCAUCGAAACCGUACCACUCAGUGGGAUGAUCCUCGCACUCAGGGAAUGGCACUGGAAGAGGAGCCCCUGCCAGCUGGGUGGGAGAUGAGAUUUACAGAAGAUGGUCGACAGUAUUUUGUGGAUCACAAUACCAAACAGACCACUUUCCAGGAUCCUCGGCCAGGAGCCAAACAAAUCAACUCCAGUCGGGGUCAGUAUGGCAUCCCAAUGGUGUAUGAGCGUUCCUUCAGGUGGAAGCUUGGCCAGUUCAGGUACCUCUGUCACAGCAACUCUGUGUCUGGCCACAUCAAGAUCAGUGUGACCCGGCAGACUUUGUUUGAGGAUUCCUUCCAUCAGGUGAUGAGACUCCCAGCGUAUGAACUGCGUCGGCGAUUGUUCAUCAUCUUCAGGGGCGAGGAUGGGCUUGACUAUGGUGGAGUAGCAAGAGAGUGGUUUUUCCAGCUGUCCCAUGAGGUACUAAACCCCAUGUAUUGUUUAUUUGAGUAUGCCAACAAGAAUAAUUAUUCCCUUCAAAUUAACCCAGCCUCAGAAGUCAAUCCUGAUCAUCUCACAUACUUCAAGUUCAUUGGCCGCUUCAUUGCCAUGGCUCUUUACCAUGGCAAGUUCAUCUACUCGGGCUUUACCAUGCCUUUCUACAAGCGGAUGCUGAACAAAAAACUCACCAUGAAGGACCUUGAAUCCAUUGACCCUGAGUUUUAUAAUUCUCUUUGCUGGAUCAGAGACAACAACAUAGAGGAAUGUGGUUUGGAGAUGACCUUCUGUACUGACUUUGAGGUCUUAGGCAAAAUCACUGAAGUGGAACUGAAAACUGGUGGCAAGGACAUCCAAGUCACUGAAGAAAACAAGGAGGAAUACAUAGAGCUGAUGAUGCAGUGGAGAUUAACCAGGGGACAGGAAGCCCAAACACGGUACUUCCUUGAGGGCUUUUCAGAAGUGGUACCGCUGGAGUGGCUCAAGUACUUUGAUGAGAGGGAGCUGGAGCUCCUGCUGUGUGGCAUGCAGGAAAUAGAUAUCAAUGACUGGCAGAAGCAUACCAUCUAUCGUCACUAUAACCGCUCCUCAAAACAGAUCAUCUGGUUCUGGCAGUUUGUGAUAGAAACAGACAAUGAGAAGCGUGCAAGAUUGCUCCAGUUUGUGACAGGGACAUGUCGGGUUCCUGUUGGAGGCUUUGCAGAACUUAUGGGAAGCAAUGGACCACAGAAAUUCUGCAUUGAGAAGGUUGGGAAAGAGACUUGGCUACCUCGUUCUCAUACAUGCUUCAACCGUCUAGACUUGCCUCCAUACAAGUCUUAUGAGCAGUUGGUGGAAAAGCUCACUUUUGCCAUUGAAGAGACAGAGGGCUUUGGCCAGGAGUAGUGAUCCCAGCAUCUGUGAGCAUGAGCGGAUUAUUUAAUGGGUGUAAAUAUGUAUGUGCAUUGGGUAGGUCAUACCAAGUAUUUACAAAGUAUGCUUUUGCAUAUAUAUAUAUAUAUAUAUAUAUAUAUAUAUAUAUAUAUAUAUAUAUAUAUAUAUAUAUAUAUAUAUAUUUCUAUUGGCCACACUGAUGAUCUGUCACAAUAUAGUUUGUUAACCCAAUCUUAUCCUACCCAGGUUGUGUCAUACCAGCCAACUUGAAUACCUGGUUGGUUCCUAUUAAUAAAAGAUAAGUUUAUGAUUAAUUUGUCAUAAUAUUUUCUUUUCCAAUAUGUUUGGGGAAGGCAUUAUUAUAUGGAUUGAUAUUGUUACGUUUUAUCUUUAUCCAAAGAAUAUGUUAUUAGCUCAUGGGAGAGAGUCUUGGAAGUUGUAUUAUAAGCUGUAUAAAAGAUUUAGACUUUUAUGCUUGACUAUGCUUCAGUCCUAGACAUAAUUCAUCAGUGACUAGAAUGACAAGAUUUUUACAAUGUUCAUUUAACAUAUUUUACCACAGCAGCAACACAUAAGUCACGGCACUCACACCCUUGACUAGGGGAGAUGGCUAGUUUGGGCACUUUGUCAUAUAUUUCAACCGACCAGAUGAUGACAACCUUCCUGACCCUAUCCCAUGCUGCUGUUACUUUAUAGUGAUUAUUGUUGAUUAUUUGGGCCUGGAGUGAUAUGCUCAUCCUUUUGAUGACCAUCUGUGUUGAAGAAAGUUAUUUUAUCUGUAAUUGUUGGAGAGUUUCUAGAGCAAGUUCCCCAAAGUAAUCGAAGCAGCUUCUGCAUUUCCCAUAAGUCUUCCUUACUUCCCUUCCAGCUGUGUUACAGUCUAAUGCUUCUUAUCUCCACCACAUUUCUCUAAGGAAAUUACAAUUGUUUGAUUUAUUAUUUCCCAUGGUGGGCAGUGAUACUUGGUGUUUGUGAUAACUCAUGACCUAUGAGUGGUGUUUGAGUGCAGUAUGAACUGUAUUGACAUAGUACAUUAAUAACAAUUUAGGAAAAGUCCAAGUCUUUGUUAUUUGUGAAAGCUCUCUCUCUCUCUCUCUCUCUCUCUCUCUCUCUCUCUCUCUCUCUCUCUCUCUCUCUCUCUCUCUCUCUCUCUCUCUCUCUCUCUCUCUCUCUCUCUCUCUCUCUCUCUCUCUCUCUCUCUCUCUCUCUCUCUCUCGUUCCUGUAUACAGAAAAUAGCAACAUAGGUGGCAUUAUGUAGCUACAUAAUACCACACCUUAGAAUACUUUUCAAAUACACAGAUUCCCUCUUUGUUUCAAAAACCGACUGGUUAUCCAUUGAAAUUGAGCACACCUAUGUCAGACAUGUACAGUACAUCCUCUUGUAAUAUGUAAACAUAAGAUUAAUUAUUUCUAGUUACAUUUUUAUUGGUGAUAUAAUUAUGAUGAAGCAUGAAUAUAACAGUGGAAGUGUGAGUUUUUUUUAACUUCUCAGAUCUCACUCAGCCGGCUAUAAGGGGGAUGGAGUGCAUGUCUUACACAGAUGUGCUGUUUUAGUGGGUGACCAUUGUGACAAACAGGAAAAAAAAAGGGGAUGUGUGUGUCUAUUCAAGAAGUGCACUGGAAGGUGGACUCUGUAUGUUUUCCAGAUUUUGUAUGUUUUCCAGAUUUUGAGUUGUUGCUAUUCUCUACAUACAUGGGCCCCAGUUCAAAUACACAAAGCUGUUUUCUGUGGAAUGAGUUGGGUAAAACAAAUCUGGAGUACUGAAUUAUUUGAAGCAAACAGAAAAUAUUGGCCAUACCACAGUAAUUUUAUAAAAUUGAAUCUACUUUGGAAAUUUUGUAAUAUUUUACAGUUUGUUGUGAUAUAUAAAGGACGUUUGAUGACCUGUAAUGUUUAAACCUCAGCUAUAUAUGGUUGCAAUACUGAAUGUACAUAAAGGAUAUGAAGGACAAUUUAAAGCUUGUACACAGGAAAAGAAAUGAGUGUUUACAUUUAAGUACCUACACGUAUAUGUGUGGAUGUCCUUGCGAGGUAUGUGUUUGUGCAUGAGUGCAUGUGUGCAUGACUGACGUGUAUGCAUAGUAUGUGCACAUGUGUACCUUUGUCCAGCAAAAAAUCUCUUGAAGUGAUGACUGAUAACCUUACACUUACACACUCACACAUAUGUAUCAGUAAAUAUUAUUUGAUACAUUUCACAGUCAUUAGAGUCUUACGAUUCCAUUCUGUAAAGAACAGGAACCACUAAGAAGGGAUCUACAAUUCCCAUGUCAGUCCUAGAAAAUUCCUUAAUAUGAUGGUGCAUUCAGAUUUUACAUAAAGAACACUAAAGAGAGAGAAAAGGGAAAAUUUUUUACGAAUCUUGACUGUCAGGACACAACAGUGCACAUAAUCCGUCUCUCCCUCCCUCACUUCUACGAGUCAUGAUGCAAGAGGUUAGAGGUAAUCACUAGAUAUUCAGGACUUUCAGCAAAUUUGAUGCAGGUCUCCAACCUCAUUACUCCAAAUUAGAUAGGGUUUAAUGUUUUCCAUAAAUAUUGAGCACUAAAUGACCUUAAGUAUGCUAUCACUCACUCUAUAUACCAGGCUAAUAAUCCCACAUGGGAUGCCCCAGACAAAGCACCACACACAAGCAAACAAUGUUAAGCAUAAAUCAAUAUUAAAAUGAUGUAACUAAAAUAUAGACAGAUGCUGGUAUUAAAAGUAUUUUUCACAUGAAGUAGUUUGAACCGAGAUCUCAAAAUUAAAAAACCCUGCCCAUCUUUAUAAGCUAAUAACAGCCAACAAGGAAACAUUUUUAACAAUAUAUUUCACACUAAGUCCUAUUUUUUCUAUGUAACAUUUUGUCACCCUUUCAGCAAACCAUAAAAAAAUGGACAAAAAUUACAAUAUACAUGUAUGUCAUUAUAUUUUCUGUUUACAUGGGUGGAUAUGCAAUGAUAGUUACAGUCAUCAUUUCACUUUUCUUUUUCUUUCUUUGCUGAGUGUACACAUGCAUGUAUUUGAACUCAGGAAGCAUGUCAGAUCAGGUUAAUUUCAUGAAUUUUCAUUUUUUUCAUUUACAACUGGAUGAAAUGGUUUUAAUCUCUCUCUCUCUCUUUCUUUCUCUCUCUCUCUCUCUCUCUCUCUCUCUCUAUCUCUCUCUCUCUCUCUCUCUCUCUCUCUCUCUCUCUCUCUCUCUCUCUCUCUCUCUCUCUCUCUCUCUCUCUCUCUCUCUCUCUCUCUCUCUCUCUCUCUCUCUCUCUCUCUCUCUCUCUCACCACUGUAUUUUGUGAUGAUAAAUAUUAAUGUGGAUAAACUCCUUCCUAUUGUAAUAUGAUGCAUGAAAUAUUUUCUGAACACUGACCACAUCAGUUGGAUGUAAUUUAGAUGCCUCAUAUCAAAAGUUUCUGAAUUAUACAUACAAUUCUUGUUAAUUAGAGAGGAGGCAAAGAAAUCUGGAAAGAAAUAAUUCAGCAAGAUUGUGGAACUGUGAAUAUUUCCUUAAUAAUCAGUCAUUUAAUUUCCUAAAUUUUGAAAUGGUUUUCUUAAUUGAAGAGGAUAUUGUAUACCAGCAUAGUUUUCAACAAUCUUGCUGUGCUUUCUUGUAACUGAACAGUUAAAGAGUUUAUUUAAGAAUGUCAUAGUAUAAAAAUGAAAGCUUUAUUGAGGAAAUAUCAAAUCAAGGCCUCAAACUUUUCCUCAUGGAUUGUCACUUUCAGUUAAUUAAUAUUUCCCUCCUUCAAAAGCUUCUUUGUUAGUAAGGUUGUUCACAAGCCUCCAGAAAACUCAAGAUUGCACUAUGAAAUAGGUUAACUACAAAGAAGAAGCACUUCAUUAUUGAUUUAUUAUGAUUUUAGUUUUCCGAUUACUCAUUUUCAUCAUAAUCUUUAGUUAACCGCAACUUUGAGUUUCAUGUACUGGACUUAUGAUUGCUAACUGCAUCUUCCAAGGCAAAGAACUUGGAACUUAUAUUGUAUAGUCCUAUCUGUUAUAACCUGGCACACAUCACACACCUCGUCUUCAUAUCCAAGGGCAAACUGUUCAUGGUGCAAAUUUCACCCUGCCUGUGACAGCCAUGGACAGUAACAGUGAGCUUCUCAUGAACAGUAUGACAGAUUUCUAGAGAAAGCACCUAAUACCCAGUCUUUGCAUCCUCUGAAUAAAUAGGUAGUAAGUGAUCAGUAAGAAAUUCCACUCAGGAAAUUAUUAUAUUGCUAUUAUGAACAAGUGGGAAGAGACUUUAUGUGUUAUGUUUUCUGAAUGAAUCUUCAACACAAGUAGAUAAUUGAUAUAGAAGUAACAUUAUCUGAAUGGAACUCAAUCAAACUACUAAAUAGCAAGACGUCAAACAAGAAUGCAAGUAAUGUGACGAGUCAGUUACUAUCAGGUGAAAAUUUGUUUUUCCAGCAAUAUUGCAUGUUGUGGGCUAAGUGUGCGCAAGUGCUUCAUCACUGCUACUUUUCAGUACAUUUUGGUAACUAACAGUAUUACCAUAACUGGGCAUGUUAAUGAAAAAAUUUAUCACGAUAACUGAUAAAUCGAAUGAUAAGCUUAUUAGCACUAACUGAUAAUCGAUAACUGGCAAUAAAUUUAUUGCCUGAAAACUGAUAACCAAUAAAUCAAUAAAUCCAAAAUUCUGAUACUAGUGAUAAUGAUAUUGAUAUUUUAAAUGAAAAAGUUAAUAAAUCCAAAUCUUUAUUUUUUUAUCUUAGAAAACACUGAAAAAUCUUUGAAUUCUUCAAUGUUUAUCCUGUCUUCACCAAUGAAAAGUACUGUUUUAAGUAAAAUAACUACAUUUAAUUCUGAAUGUUCAGAACUUAAACAUGCUCAUGUUUCAAAAACUAAAAGUAUCGAUUAUUGCUAGUUUGGAACCAAAAGUAUCAGUGAUACCAAUGAAUUGAUAACAUAGGAAAAAUAGUUAUCGAAUAACCUAAUACCAUUAUUGCAAUUAUUUAUUGCAAUAAAGCCCACCUAUGAACUUUACCUAUCCCUUUCUCUUAUGUUUGUGAUAUUGCAUACUUACAUCAUUUGCAUCUAAAAGCAAUGACUACCAUAGUUUCACUACCACUUUAUUAUUUAAAAUUCAGACAAGAUUAUUUACAGAGAAACCACUGCUAUUGUAUGUGUGUGUGUGUGUGUGAGUGCAUGCAUGUGUGUGUGAACAUAUGUACACAUUACUAUUUUACAUUUUCAAAAAUUUGCUUUUUGUCUUGUCAUGGCUACAUGUGAGGCAUGUAUAAUAACAUUGUUAAUUUUUUCCCUACACAGAUACUGGGAAAUCUUCCUUUUGCAGCACAUCUUGCUGAUAUUGUUUUGAUGCUGGUGUGUGUGUGUGUGUGUGUGUGUGUGUGUGUGUGUGUGUGUGUGUGUGAAAACUUUACCACAGUUCUUGUAUAAUAGAGAUACAAAAUGUUUUGUUGAAGUUAUUACUUCAUAAUCAAAAUGUGUGUCUUGUUUCUUGAUAUAUAUAAGGGAUACAUUCUUGCUGCUUUCUUAGACACUAAAUAAACCUUUGUUUUAAUUUGAAUAUUUUUGAGAGAAAAGGAAAUUUUAUUCAAAUUUGUGGAAUUCUGGGUCAUUUGCAGGUUGUUGCAAUUACUGUAAAUUCCAUGCUGACUGGCACCUGAUACAGCAUGCUGGCUAUCUUGAUUUUCCAGCAGACUGAGUAGAAGUCAAUCUGAUUUACUGAAACAAUAGCAGACUGCACUCACAUGACUUAAUAAAUUUUAUCAACUCUUAGUUGUGACACUGCUGUCCUCUUUCCACUACAUAGCAACACAAGUUUACUUCACCCUCAAUUUUCAUAAAUACAAGGGGUUUGUGAGUUUUCAUUUGCAUUGUUCUGGAAUUUGUGCAAAAUUUGUGAAUCUCAUAGCACAUGAUACUAGCAACACUGUAUAAGUGUGUUUGUUUCUGUUAUUUUUUGUGAGGAGAUCAUCUUUACCAUUGUUACUCAAACAAAAAAGUCUCCCUCUUAUUCAUUCAAUCCAUUCUCAGUCAGGUUCUCCGGUAAUAUGGCUUUAAAGGUGAUGUCUAAGAGGCACUGAAGUUUUCUCCCAUUUUCAGUAUUACCUACUUGAUUUUCUAAUCCUACUUUUUAAUACAAUUGUGAUUAUGAAUGAGUUAUUUUCCUUAAAAAUUAUUCAUAAAUAAAAAAUUCAGAAAUUAGGCUCACUCUUAGAUUAUGAUUUUAGUCAUGGUAAAUUUUCAAUGUCUGAGAUCAAUUUUUACUUGUAAAUGCAGAUUCAUAAGUGAGAACAGGACAAAACUAUUAUUAAAUAUUUGUCAGUUGUGCUUCAGACUAAGGAAGGACUCGCAUGAACACUGGUUGUUAAUUGGAAAAAAGUGUAAAAGCAGCAGGUUCUGAAAAGAUAUGACCUGCAUAUGAUACUAGAGAGAAUCUAUGAAAGCUGUUAGGAAAAUACACAAAAAUGAUGAAACUUAGGAAAAGGUAAACUUGUAUGAUGUGAACUUGCAAACCCCAAGUAUUUUAACUAUUCCAUGAUUGUUGUCAAGAUAGCAUCUCAUAUUAUCAGGCUUAGUUGAGAUCUGACAUUACAUUGUAUGCCAUGGAAUAUUUUCUCUCAAUGAUGAUUAAAAAAUUAUAUAUAUAUAUAUAUAUAUAUAUAUAUAUAUAUAUAUAUAUAUAUAUAUAUAUAUAUAUAUAUAUAUAUAUAUAUAUAUAUAUAUAUAUAUAUAUAUAUAUAUAUAUAUAUAUGGGUGUGUAUGGCUCCUUCAGACCAUUGCAGCAAAAACUACAUCUGUUUUUUUGCUAAAGUUUACUAGUUUUCACUAUUCACUAAGAACUCUCUUAAGCUUUGCACCAUGAGCUUUGAUACUGUUUAGAACAUUUUAUCCAACAUUAUAUCCUUCCUUGAAUUAAUGUAAUGCUUCCAAUCCCCUUUCUUCAGCCUAUAACAUAUCCUCAGCUUUUGCUUAAGGUGGAGAAAACAUGCAUAUUUUUAUGGGGAUUCUAUGAUAUAUAGCUUGACAUACAAUAGAUACUCACACUGCUGGCUCUAAGACUGCUGUUGAAGAAUAUAAAUGAGGCUGAAUAGCACUAAAUGGUGUACCUGUGAUGUAUUUAUUUCUACUUUUAGUUAUAGUUAUUUAUUCAUUAAUCAUAUUAAUUUCUUUAUAUAUAUAUAUUUUUUUUUUGUCUUGAACUGUAAUAUAAAGUGUGUGGGUGCUGGUUAGCUGGAAAUUUGCUGUAAUAAUGCCAUGGAAUGAUAUACUUGUUCAAGUAUGUAGGAUUUUUCUCCCUCCAGUUCUUGAAACUAAGUGGGCCUCUUGUAUGUUAGCAAUGAGCAAGCAAGGAAUGCGUUCAUGUCCAGAAAAGAAGGCUUUUUUUUUUCUGAUUAAUGACCGACAGUACUCUGUAAAGUUUAAUGGCUAGGUUGAGUCCAUCAAGCUGGGAAAGCAGUGUUAACGUUUACAUCCCUUUGGCACAAUGACAAAUAAUUUAAAGGUGUUGCAUAAUUCAGUGCAUUUUUUCAAAUUUCAUAAUUUACUCAUAUCGGUUGAAACAAAGUGGAAAAUGUUCUGUCAUUCAAUAUUUUAAGUUCUAAUUUCACAAAUUUGUUACCUUUUAUAACUAAAACAUGAGCAGGGGAUAUUUGAUAUCUAUUGUUCAGAUUUAAAGGGCCAUCAGCUUUCUGUGGAGUACCUUAUGUUAUUUUGAAUAAAUGCCUAAGAAGACCACUCAGCACUUAUAUUGGCUGCAGCUGCACUUAUGAUAUUAUGACUGAAUAAUAUACAUCCAUUUUGGUGAUGCUGGUAAUGAUCAGCCAGUGAAGAACUUGUAUUCUCAGCUAUAGUUGUGUUUAUUGAAAUUUUCACAAGAUGUACUUAAAAUUUGUGUUCCACAAGUGAUAUAGUUAAUAAGGCAUUGAACAACUUGAAUGUUCACCUGGAAAAUUUAUACUACAAUUGUGGCACAUAAAGGUAGAGGAGCACUGCUGGCCACUGGUUUGGUAUUUGUCACUGGUUCAGGUCUUGAUAUUUACGUAAAGGAAUGCAUUGGGGUAGCCUUGAAUCAUUAGUAUCCAGUGGUCUGUUUUAUUGCUAGUUAAGUGCAUUUCUAAACACUAAGCUAUACAGUUGGAACACAUAAAUGGUGAUGCACAGGUUUUUGAUGACAUGAGGCUGCAUGGAAUUUUGUCUCCCUUUGCAUCUGGGUCUGGCCAUACAUCACUGUCAUCAUGGUUGUUAUAAUACAUCAUGCUGCCACUGUCCCAAAGCCAGUCAAAAUUUGCAAGUGUGCCUCAUUCCCGGCCAAGUCAGGACAACACAUGCCUGUAUAUAGUGUAAUAUACCCCUCCUUUUUGUUUUUCUUUUUACAUUCAUAACCAAGGAUUUAUGUAUAUACUGUGAUAGUUAGGUAAGUCAGUGAUGAAGCUGUAUGUUCCAAGAAGGUAUUAGCAAGAUUUUUCUUGAGAAAUGCAAAAUAUUUUUAAUAGUCUUGAUUCUCUUGUUUCCUCAUACAUUCUCUGUACAGUGGAAACUGCCAAUUGGUUCUCAAAAGUCUGAGACUGAGAGAUGUUGUCUGGGCAAAUUGUCAACUAGAAAGCUUAUGGGAGAAGUGAUAUGAAAUGUUCAGAUCUUCCUCACUCAACAAAUGAAAGUAUGGUGGCAUCAUAACAUUAGCCUUCUUCAUCAAAUAGUUAUUUCCUUCUUUGAUAAUGUUCAGUCUUCUGUCCAUAUAUUUUAUAUUAUGCAUUACUCAAACUUUGAUCAAUUGGAUAUUUAUGCAGUUAUCUUAGUCACUACCUAUAUGCUUUAGUUUUCACAUUAUUUAAGUUUUGGGGUCCAAUUCCAGUAGGUUGAAAAAUGUUAGUUUUGGUCUCUUGAUUGGCACCAAAACAUUACACAGUACACUAGUGAGUAUAGAAUGCAAUCUUAUGUAUUUUCCUGGUAUCUGUUGUUCCUUGUGGCUUCACGUGGCUGUUUAGUUCAGGCAACUCAAUUGUUGUAUAUCAGCAGUUUUGACAACGGCUGCAUUAUGUGUCAGAGUAAAAUAUUUGAAAUAAUUAUAUAUUUGAUUAUAUACUGCAUUCAGUUUUGUUUGCAGUACCAACUCUUAUUUUCCAUAAUAAAUAUUAUCGCUGUGUAUAUAUUAUAUAAUAUCUGGAUAUGUAAAUAAAGUGUAAUCCACAA